ACGAGUGGCUUCUUCGUCUGUUUGGAGUGCUAAGUGAUGCUAGAGUGGUCCUCGCAUUCGAUUGGUUCUCAAGUGAUCGCUUUGGUAUAUCUUUGCGGUUCGAAUUCUGAUUGCUUAUCGCUUCUGUCGCUCGCCUUCCCUUCGUUAGUCGGUGUGCACGAGGGAGACAAGAAUUAGGUUAGAGUAUCUUCUGGCCACGCGCUGCUUUCUGCUUUACAUUACCUGUAAGUAGCUAAUGGAACCUGAUGGCCUUUUCAAUACGGCCAUCUCUGUGGUUCACGGGGUUCGAUGCGAUUGGCUCUAGAUCCUGGCUCGGUGAACCGGUGCCCUUGGUCUUGUCAGGAUUGGCGAUCUAGAAUCAGUGCGAGCACCCACCCACCCUGUGUUCUUCACCUAGGACCUGGGGGGUGGGACGCCAAGGGCUGAAGCAUCUGCUAUUUAGUUUUUAAUCUAGGUAACCUUCUCCUUCCUCUUCGUCCUUGCUUUUCUCUGGACCGAUACUACGAGCGAUGAGAGUGUCGAGAGCGUCACGUCUAAAGACCUCACGAGCUGUUCCUCCUCUUCAAGACGCAAUAGUCAGGGACUACGACUGACAGCUUCUGUACACACAGUGUAUGGCUACUAGAGAGGAUUCAACAAAUUCAUGCUGUUCUUGCAGCUUCUCUAUAUUCAGGAGCGAAAUGAAUAGUGACACGCAUAGCAUAUUCCCACCCUAUAAACACGCUUUUUCCACUCUUAGCUAGCAUUUGGCGUUCGCAUUGUAUAUUAUUGACUUCUCCACCCGGAAAAUCUUGGUCAGAUUGCCGAAUAGAUUCACGCCAUCACUAUUGACUUCGCCAAAAUCGUGGGUCACUGAUCCUCAAACGGAUUUGGAAAAAACGUAGAAAAUAUGAGAAGUAAGCCUAAGUACUUUAUGAUCGACAGCUACUAGCACUAGCACUAAAAAUAUCAAAACAAGGUGUAUAACUCAAGGGUAUUCUGCUUGUUGUUGUAGAUUACGCAGCAUCUUCAUAUUACAUCGCAACAUUUUUUACCACCAUCCAUAAGAAACUAAGAUAGAAUAAGUGGAGUGGGUAUUCGAAAAAAUAUGGCUUUAUUCUGUUUGACGAAUCUUGCUGGCGAAGUUACGGAAGUGACUUGUCCGGUGCGCGACGAGGACGGUUCGAUCCGUUGCGUUGAUGUCAAGAAGGCAUUGGGCAUCGUCCUCAAAAAGCCAUGGCCCUUCAUUGAACUCCUGACACCACCAGAAUCAGGGCGCCCUCCCUCAAGAUCUUCUACAUCUUCUAGCGAAUGCCACCUAGCAGGGCCCAAGGAAAACGGACACGAAGAGGAAAGUACGACGAGCGCUGAAUCCGUUUAUUUAGAGAGUGACGAUUUCGUGUUCUCUAAGCUCCUUGAGGAGACACCCAGCGAGAAAGAGAACAGUUCUCGAGAGGGGCGGGAGAAAGUAGAGUUUGCGGAUGCGAUUGAUGAUCCAGUGACGCCUGGUUUUCAUGGCUCCUCGGAGCAGCCGAUGCUAUCUGAUGGGCCAGCUCCUGUGCUCAUGCCUGCAACUGUUCACUUGCAUUAUGUCGUUUUUCACAAGGAGAGCAGAGCCAUUCGUGAGAAGCUUGAAAAGUGUUGGAAUGCUUGCUGCUGUGUGGGCGAAAGAAACCGACCUUUCCGUAUCACUACCUGGAGUGCUAAGAAACUCGAUGCGAGCGAGGAAUGGAGUUCGCUUUGGGCUGAAUGUCGUGACCAUGAGUUUAUAUGGGGCAGAAAGGGAUAUUUCACCGAGUACGGAAAACAGUUGUUGACCUUUCAAGACGACGAAGGAAAGAGAAACAGCGUGGAUAUGAGCGCAGGAGGCUACGACGGCUUGCUUCGCACGAUCUACAACUACGAAGGCUAUUCAUGCCUCACUCUUGCAAUUCUGAAUGCAAGGGUAGCGCUGCCGGCGGAGUCAGUGUUUUUCCCUGACCAAAUCGAAGACGGCGCCGAUGAAAAAAGCAUCAUUCAGGCGUUUGUGACAGCACGACACUGGGAUCACCUUUCAACGCUGUUUUGUCGAGAAAACGUCCACAAGGAAAUAAUGGCAGUGACAAGAUUAGCCGGCGCGUACGCUCCUGAGAAGAUCCGACAGGAGAUGGUGCGGACCGGUAUCUUGAUCCUUUUCAAGGCAAGACAUGAGUUUACCCGCUACAUGCAGGUGCUGCAGACUAUUCUGUCUAAUGGGAAGUAUGCGGGAGUCAGAUACGCAUACGCUGCAUUAAGGCUGCUCAGGCACGAUAAUUCAUCUUGUUCCACCUGAGGUAUUGUACUUUAUCGGUUGCCCUCUUUCUAAUUUGCACAAGCUUGCUUCUGGGGAUCUUAGCGUUGGAUACGAAAAGAUAUGAUAAUUUUUAGGGUGAAUUACAAUUCAUUGUAGUGAACUCUAAUUCUGGCAAUAAGAGAAUGUUUCAAGGACAAGCACGUUGCCGCCUGUCUCCACGACCGGGCUAAUACAAAUCAACAAGAAUCCGGUCGACUAAGCUACUGGCGGACCGUGUUGAAAGCUGUGGGCGAAAAGCGUUCUAGAAACUCCGAAGGGAUCCAGGUUUACGGCACUGCUCUUUGGGAAGCACCAAAAGAAUGCCGCGUCAUGAAUAGGAGGCUGAGGAAAACAGCACAGGAAAACUUCUCGGUUAUCACCUGCGACACAGCUGUUGGACUUCUAUGCCUAUGGUUGGAUGCAGUAAUCUUCGAAGGUUCUUCUAGUUAUAUCGACGGAGAACAAGCGAAGAAGAAGAAAAUCGGGGUCCUCGUUGAUGCGUCAAUGGCCGACGACGCUCAACACAAGGGGAACCUGAUGAAAACGGACAUCUCUUCUAUUGGUAGUGGAGGAUCCGGCUUCUGGCUAGAGGCGUUGUUGAAUCUUUCAAAUGAGGUCUGCGAGGAUCCUCGGUUCGUAAACUAUGACCUAACUACGCGCAUAAACGGAGUGACCGUGUUGAAAGUACUGCCACAAAAACAUUAGAACUAGCAACUCGUCACCUUGGUGUUGACUGUAGUACCAGAAAAACGCCCUUAGUGGAACUAGAAUGUUUUGGUAAAUAGAGCAUCAGCAGAACUAGUAGAAGUAGUAACUUCAUUAGAAAAAAGUCAUGAGGACGAGGUCGUGAAUCAGAAAACGGACGUCUCUUUUGGAGCCGAGUUCUGGCUAGAGGCACUGACAAAUCUUGGAAAGGGGGCACGCGAUGAUCCUCGUUUCGCAAGCAGUGAGCACGCGCACCUUGGCGGAGUGUUCAGUAUAGUUCCAGAAAAGCGCUUGAACGCACGGCAGGCACUUUCACCUGUGCGUGUGCCUCACUUGUCUGGUGGUCAUAUAUCUGUGGGUGGGCAACGCAUGCCUAUGGUUGCGCUGCCACACUUUAUCAACCACGUUCUUAGUUAUAGUUAAACACGUUGAUUAUAUUUAUAUUUAGACUUUCUCUGGUGCCGUCCUUGUGACACGACACUGUUUGGGAACUUUCCUGUCUCGCUGGUGGUCGUAAAAAAUGACCAUCAGAGACGUAUGGCGAUGAUUACUUAACUAAAAGCGUUUUUUUUUUUAUUUUGGUGAGUCCUCCAGUUGUUUCUCAAUGUUUACAUUUUCAACUACUUAGUGUUAGUUCAGAUACUUGUCGCUUCGAUUCGUUUUCAGUAGUACAACCCUGCGUGAGGCUUCAUCGUGACGUAGCUCUAUGACGCCAGUAGGCAGUCUGCACUGAACUUCGUGCGAAAUAAGUUGUAUUAUCUAUUGUAAAAAUAGAGCACAAAAACUAACUAUAGUAGAGCUAGAAUAUCAACGGUAGAACUAAGAUAGUAAUUAUUUUUUGAAGCAGCAGCUAAUUGUAAUUAGAAACAAAUAAGAGGAAGCUAAUACUUACUUGGGUCACAUGCUCAAGCACUUUUCUCUCCGCUUUGCAUUCCUAGGGAAAUCUGAAAAGAAGAUUAGGUAGCGGCCGUUCUACUUCUAUCAUCAAGACUUUCACGAAUUGAAGAUCCCCGAUGGACAAGAAGACAAAUUAUUGGUGCCUACGCUUAAGUCAAAUCUGGCUGUCGUCAGAUCUGAGAAAUCUGAGAAAUUAGAUGUCGUCAGAUGGUGUUGUGAUUUUGAAGAGUGGCCUGUACUGAUAUCCCUAUCCCAUUCUUUUUGUUAUAGCGUCGUCCUUCUUGCCUUACUCAACGGCAACUGAACUAUGUCGUCAGUUGAGGUUCGAUAAUCGUUAAACUGCUUUCCCGGGUGUUGAUUUGUAAGCAUUGUUGAGAAGAUCUGUAACGAGUGAUCUCUCUGUCUGUCUGGAGUGCUGAGCGUUUCUAGUAUGUUUUUUGAAUUUAACUGGUUGUUGAGUGAUCGUGAUGAUGGAUCUUUGCUGUAACGAGUGGCUUCUUCGUCUGUUUGGAGUGCUAAGUGAUGCUAGAGUGGUCUUCGCAUUCGAUUGGUCCUCAAGUGAUCGCUUUGGUAUAUCUUUGCGCUUCGAAUUGACUCAUUCUUUUCUGAUUGCUUAUCGCUUCUGUCGCUCGCUUUCCCUUCGUUAGUCGGUGUGCACGAGGGAGACAAGAAUUAGGUUAGAGUAUCUUCUGGCCACGCGCUGCUUUCUGCUCUACAUUACCUGUAAGUAGCUAAUGGAACCUGAUGGCCUUUUCAAUACGGCCAUCUCUGUGGUUCAAGGGGUUGGAUGCGAUUGGCUCUAGAUCCUGGCUCGGUGAACCGGUGCCCUUGGUCUUGUCAGGAUUGGUGGGCUAGAGUCAGUGCGAGCACCCACCCCCCCCUGUGUCCUCCACCUAGGGCCUGGGGGGUGGGGCCCAAGGGCUGAGACAUCUGCUAUUUAUGGUUUUUAAUCUAGUUUUUAACUUUCUCCUUCCUCUUCGUCUUUGCUUUUCUCUAUCUAGUUUUUAACUUUCUCCUUCCUCUUCGUCUUUGCUUUUCUCUGGACCGAUACGAGCGAUGAGAGUGUCGAGAGCGUCACGUCUAAAGACCUCACGAGCUAUUCCUCCUCUUCAAGACGCAAUAGUCAGGGACUACGAGGACUGACAACUUCUGUACGCACAGUGUAUGGCUACUAGAGAGGAUUCAACAAAUUCAUGCUGCUCUUGCAGCUUCUCUAUAUUCAGGAGCGAAAUGAAUAGUGACAUGCAUAGCAUAUUCCCACCCUAUAAACACGCUUUUUCCACUCUUAGCUAGCAUUUGGCGUUCGCAUUGUAUAUUAUUGACUUCUCCACCAGGGAAAUCUUGGGCAGAUUGCCGAAUAGAUUCACGCCAUCACUAUUGACUUCGCCGAAAUCGUGGGUCACUGAUCCGCAAACGGAUUUGGGAAAACCGUAGAAAAUAUGAGAAGUAAGUCGAAGGUAAGUACUUUAUGAUCGACCGCUACUAGCACUAGCACUAAAAAUAUCUAAACAAGGUGUAUAACUAUAACUCAAGGGUAUUCUGCUUGUUGUCGUAAGUAGAUUACGCAGCAUCAUAUUAUCAUAUCGCAACAUUUUUUUACCACCAUCCAUAAGAAAGAAAGAUAGAAUAAGUGGAGUGGGUAUUCGAAAAAAAUAUGGCUUUAUUCUGUUUGACGAAUCUUGCUGGCGAAGUUACGGAAGUGACUUGUCCGCUGCGCGACGAGGACGGUUCGAUCCGUUGCGUUGAUGUCAAGAAGGCAUUGGGCGUCGUCCUCAAAAAGCCAUGGCCCUUCAUUGAAAUCCUGACACCAGAAUCAGUGCACCCUCACUCAAGAUCUUCUACAUCUUCUAGCGAAUCCCACCUAGCAGGGCCCAAGGAAAACGGACACGAAGAGGAAAGUACGACGAGGGCUGAAUCCGUUUAUUUAGAGAGUGACGAUUUCGUGUUCUCUAAGCUUCUUGAGGAGACACCCAGCGAGAAAGAGAACAGUUCUCGAGAGGGGCGGGAGAAAGUAGAGUUUGCGGAUGCGAUUGAUGAUCCAGUGACGCCUGGUUUUCAUGGCUCCUCGGAGCAGCCGAUGCUAUCUGAUGGGCCAGCUCCUGUGCUCAUGCCUGCAACUGUUCACUUGCAUUAUGUCGCUUUUCACAAGGAGAGCAGAGCCAUUCGUGAGAAGCUUGAAAAGUGUUGGAAUGCUUGCUGCUGUGUGGGCGAAAGAAACCGACCUUUCCGUAUCACUACCUGGAGUGCUAAGAAACUCGAUGCGAGCGAGGAAUGGAGUUCGCUUUGGGCUGAAUGUCGUGACCAUGAGUUUAUAUGGGGCAGAAAGGGAUAUUUCACCGAGUACGGAAAACAGUUGUUGACCUUUCAAGACGACGAAGGAAAGAGAAACAGCGUGGAUAUGAGCGCAGGAGGCUACGACGGCUUGCUUCGCACGAUCUACAACUACGAAGGCUAUUCAUGCCUCACUCUUGCAAUUCUGAAUGCAAGGGUAGCGCUGCCGGCGGAGUCAGUGUUUUUCCCUGACCAAAUCGAAGACGGCGCCGAUGAAAAAAGCAUCAUUCAGGCGUUUGUGACAGCACGACACUGGGAUCACCUUUCAACGCUGUUUUGUCGAGAAAACGUCCACAAGGAAAUAAUGGCAGUGACAAGAUUAGCCGGCGCGUACGCUCCUGAGAAGAUCCGACAGGAGAUGGUGCGGACCGGUAUCUUGAUCCUUUUCAAGGCAAGACAUGAGUUUACCCGCUACAUGCAGGUGCUGCAGACUAUUCUGUCUAAUGGGAAGUAUGCGGGAGUCAGAUACGCAUACGCUGCAUUAAGGCUGCUCAGGCACGAUAAUUCAUCUUGUUCCACCUGAGGUAUUGUACUUUAUCGGUUGCCCUCUUUCUAAUUUGCACAAGCUUGCUUCUGGGGAUCUUAGCGUUGGAUACGAAAAGAUAUGAUAAUUUUUAGGGUGAAUUACAAUUCAUUGUAGUGAACUCUAAUUCUGGCAAUAAGAGAAUGUUUCAAGGACAAGCACGUUGCCGCCUGUCUCCACGACCGGGCUAAUACAAAUCAACAAGAAUCCGGUCGACUAAGCUACUGGCGGACCGUGUUGAAAGCUGUGGGCGAAAAGCGUUCUAGAAACUCCGAAGGGAUCCAGGUUUACGGCACUGCUCUUUGGGAAGCACCAAAAGAAUGCCGCGUCAUGAAUAGGAGGCUGAGGAAAACAGCACAGGAAAACUUCUCGGUUAUCACCUGCGACACAGCUGUUGGACUUCUAUGCCUAUGGUUGGAUGCAGUAAUCUUCGAAGGUUCUUCUAGUUAUAUCGACGGAGAACAAGCGAAGAAGAAGAAAAUCGGGGUCCUCGUUGAUGCGUCAAUGACCGACGACGCUCAACACCAGGUGAAUCUGAUGAAAACGGACAUCUCUUCUAUUGCUAGUGGAGGAUCCAACUUCUGGCUAGAGGCGCUGUUAAAUCUUUCAAAUGAGGUAUGCGAGGAUCCUCGGUUCGUAAACUAUGACCUAACUACGCGCAUAAACGGAGUGACCGUGUUGAAAGUACUGCCACAAAAACAUUAGAAAUAGAACUAGCAACUCGUCACCUUGGUGUUGACUGUAGUACCAGAAAAACGCCCUUAGUGGAACUAGAAUGUUUUGGUAGUUAGAGCACCAUCAGUAGAACUAGUAGAAGUAGAAGUAGUAACUUUAUUAGAAAAAAGCCACGAGGACGACGAGGUGAAACAGAAAGCGGGCGUCUCUUUUGGAGCCGAGUUCUGGCUAGAGGCACUGACAAAUCUUGGAAAGGAGGCACGCGAUGAUCCUCGUUUCGCAAGCAGUGAGCACGCGCACCUUGACGGACUGCUGAGUAUAGUGCCAGAAAAGCGCUUGAACGCAGUCGCAGGCACUUUCACCUGUGCGUGUGCCUCACUCGUCUGGUGGUCAUAUAUCUGUGGGUGUGCAACGGAUGCCUAUGGCUGCGCUGCCACACUUUAUCAGCCACGUUCUUAGUUAUAAUUAACCACGUUGAUUAUAUAUGUACUUUCUCUGCCGUCCUUGUGACACACUGUUGUGCUGGUGGUCGUAAAGAAUAACCAUCAGAGACGUCUGAGGACGAUGAUUAACUAGAAGCGUUUUUUUUGAUUUAUUUGGUUAAUAGAGCACAAAAACAAAUUCUAUUCUAAUAUCAACGGUAGAACUAAAAUUAAUAGUAAUAGUUUUUUGAAGCAGCAGCUAUUAAUCGUAAUUAGAAAAAAAUGUGAGGAAGUGGUAGGUUGAUAUAUUUAGGAACUAAAGUCGACCCGCUAUAAUUACCGGACCAAUCAUAAUUUUGUCUAAUUCUAUUAGCUGAUUAUACGUUGUGGAGGUUUUAGUUUUACUUAGUUGUAUUGAGCAAACAAGACAGCAUGAAUUCUAGGAAGGCCGAUUGCAGUCGCGUAAGACACAAAGAUCGUGAGACCAGGGGCCACAAGCAUUGGACUACCUGAUGAAUGAUAAGCAUAUGCGUUGCCGCAGACUUCAUCAAGCGAGUCCCCGAAUUUGGAAAGUUGUGUCAAUGAUUUUUAUGAUCUGUAAUACAGCGUAUUCUUCUUCUUGUUCGAACAACUAAAAAAUCAGCUCGUUCUCUGAUGCGAAUUAUAUUGGCCUAUCAUAUUUGGUUUUAGACCUCUGUUACUAGUGACAGUGAGACUCCUGGCGAAGAUUUUGAUUGCGCACCAGAAGCCAAAGACAACACAGAUGGCGAUCUUACUGGCUCGCUGUGUGGGUGGCGAAGACGAAGCGGCGGUGAUGGUGAAGC